AUGUUCCUGACGUGGAUCUCCAAGUGCGAUCUGGUGCCGACGUCUGCCGACUCGUAUGUGCUCAAGAAAUUCUCGGAAAAGUGUCAGCGCGGAAUGUGCUCAAUGGUCGUGACGUCUCUCACAGAGGAGAACGUGGACACGCUGACGGUGCUAUCUAGUGGCCACCACAUUCGGUGGGCCAUGGAGGUCCUGGGUCACUCGUUCGCGCUGCCGAUGGAAGAUUCGGACGUCAUUGCCGGCUCUCUGGACAUCUACCAGCGCUGGCUCGGCGUGGACGAAGAGGCAAAAAACGGGAAAGACCAGCGGCCGGUGUGCAUGCAGAAGGUGGAGCAGACCUUUAUCCAGGACGUGCUGGGUCAGAUGACACUGCUGUUUGAAGAGCGCUCGAGCAACGGCAUUCCGAGCGGGGCGGCAGAAAGCAACAUGGCUACGCACGUAGAUUUGUGCACGAGAGUGUUGGCGACUUUUGGUGCUCUCGUGAAGCACCGAGGAGCACAGCUGUCCACAUCGACGUGGGAUCGACUCAUCCGCCUGGUUCUCGGUGCAUCAGAUGGGCUCUUGCAUAACUUACGCAACCAGUUGGGCAAUCAUUUGUGUGGCCAGCUUGUGCGGCUUUUGUUUGAAGUGUACCUGCGGUCACUGCCGCAAUGUGGACCGCGAGGGGAACUAUGGGGCUUACUGCAAAAGUUCUGUCGACGCUGGAUCCAUCGGACGCUUGUGAUUGAGCAAUGGAAUGCGGUCACGCUUGGACUCACGCGGGGCUUGAUGCGGCAGAUUCACGAUCAAAACGCCACAAAAGAGAUUGAAAUCAAUUGGGCAGACAACCGACAGCCUUUCAGGUUCGAGCUCGAGAGCUCCAUGCUUGCCUACGCGUGGUAUCGCAUUCUCCGUGUGAUCGGUCACCCUUCUGCGAUUUUUGACCCGGAUGUGUACCUUGCUGCCGUGAAAGGAGUGAGUCGGCUUUCUGACGAAUUUGCCAACAUUGAAAAGGUGCCACGCGUACAGUGGGCGCAUGUGCUGGGCGCACUGAACCAAGCGCCGAAUCGCGACAGCCCGAUGUUCAAAGGAGUGCAGAAUGCCGGCGCUGAUUCAGCUAAAAACAUGGCCACAGCAGCCACUUCGAAAAGUAUUGAGCUACCGCGAGCUCCGCCUGACGUUAACACGAUCCUGCGGCUACUCGGUCCCUGGCUUUUCGAUGCCUGCUUGACUCGCAAGCCACGCUUUGCCGCUGGUCGUAGCGAAGCCCUCCGCUGUCUUGGAAAGCUCCUGUGCCGCUACUCCAGUGGCCGCUCCAAGCGUGUCAAUUGGGCGUUCAGCGUUCGCAGUUUAAUGGCUUUACAAAACGCGCUGCUCGACGACGACGAACGGAUUGCAGCUUCUGCGGUGUACAACUGGUCAAAGGUAUUUAGUUUGUAUGGAAAUCAUACGCUGCGUGGCGCCGGCGUUGUUGCAGGCCCAUUUCACCAGGCUAUUGAGCGCGUGUUCCGCCUUGCUGAACGCAAGGACAUGUCAUCUUCUUCGUCUACGAAACCUGACGGCCGGCGGUGCGGGGACUCGUUCUUUGCCCAGGACGAUCAGCAUGUCGGAGGAAUUCCGAUUGUGCUGCUCCGGCGAGCGUGCAUCGAAGCCUGUAGCUCCCUUCUUACCAUCCAUACCCAUGUUCCAACCGCGAUGAUCAAGGAUGCUGAGCAAGAGAUCGUAGCACCCUCGAUAGCCAACAUUCCAGGGCUGUACUCAAGCCUACCGAAAUACACCAGCUCGAACGUUGUUGCCCUACUGAUGACUGCAAUUAAGACGGAGAUGGACCCGACGAACCAACAGAUGAUGAUGUGGAUUUUGACGGUGGCCAUUCAGCAGGAGGCUGCUCUUUGGGCAAGCGGCUUGGCAUCGAGUCGCAACUCUCAGGUACCUUUUACAAUUUUGCUGGUCAGCUCUGUCAUCAGCAAGUCGCAAAAGCACCAGCCACCGGUGCUGUUCACUGCGUUUGACUGUCUACGCCAUUUGUCACUGGUAUGCGAGGAAGUGUUCUUUCACCACACGAACUCGGUUGUCCACCUGGUGAAUACGUGCUGUGAUUUUAUCAGCAACAAUGCGCCGGUUCUGCGCUCUAGAACAGCGCCAUUCUAUCUGGACAGUCUCAUGGCAGCAGCAUAUCAUUGCAUCAUCGAAUGGAUUGUAGCAGCGCCUCUAUUGCUGAACAAGCAACAAGUCAUCGCGAAGAUCAUCACGACCAUCGUUGACGGUAACGAGCGGUUCCAGUCGUUGUGUUCCGAUACCACAAACAUGGCGGCGCGCGAGGCUGCCCGGAAAUUGGUGAACAUGCUGAUGAAGCAUCAUUGUUCGCACACCAGUAUUGUCGGUUCCAUCGAGACGCACUACUCGGGUUUGACGGAAAAGUCCGUGCUUGCUGAGUUCUGUGACCUGAAUGACGAGACCGACAUAUAUCGUCAUUGCCGUUUCUUCUCCGUGAACAAAAAUUCUAUCUUGACGGUGAUCGAGAAGCCUGCGAAUGCGGUAGAAUCUGGAGAAGCAAUUCUGAUUAUGCGAGACUCUACCGGCCGUUAUGUUUGGCGGUCUAAACCCCGGUACCGCGAUGGCCCGCGCCUCAAGAGCGUAGCUGAGUUCGACGACUUUACUGAAGACGUCGAUGCGCAAGCUCUCAGUAGCAACGUCGAUUGCGAUUCUGACGCCAACACUCACGAGAAUAGCGACGACGGCGAUACUGAAACUGACGAGGAAGUGCAUGUGGAUGACCCUCUGCUCGUCGCGAUCCGCGAUACUCAUGCAAAGACUCCCAUGACAAGCUGGCGUUCCUCCCCUGAUGGCGGGGCAGAGAUGGGCUCGGCUUUGAUGGAAAUCUCACCGGGCGAAGGCAACACGGGGAUGAGCUCAAUCGAACGGAAAGCUACAGCUGGUCGUGAUGAUGCCCGGAGUACUCAGGAUGCAGUGUUCAUGAGUUUGCUUGUGGCACAGAGCCAGGAGGACAAGCGUGCUUCUCAGCCAAAGGGCUCUGCGCGUGGCGUGAGGUGUUGCAAACCAACACCACCUGAGAAGGAUGCUGCACUGCAGACGUGGGAAGUAUCAAGGCGGAUGAUGAGUGAACUAGGUUUUCUGUCGGUGGGCAACUGGGGUUCUGUAUUCGCGAUGGAUGCGACCGUGGCUACUGAUUUUCUCCGUGACCUGGAAACGCUGGACAAACUCCCGGAGCGCGAAACACUUGACAUUUCGGUUGCCUAUACAUUCGCUGGAACUUCCCGGGGUGGUUAUGACCAGAUCCAUCUAGCUACCUCGACUGACGUACGCGCUGGCUACGUCGUACUGUCAAAGGACUACCAGCUCUUUCUCUCGUCUCUCGGAGAGCAAGUUGAUGGCCGCUGCCGCAAAGGAUACUGCGGCUACGAUGCUGAUUCUACGAAAGGCCGAAUACUUCACUACGCGCACUACAGCCACGAGGCAUACAUCUAUGUGCCGACCCUACUUGUAGAAGGAGAGGAAAGCGGCAGUGACAGUGACAGCGAAAGUGACGCAGAAGACACCGAAGGGGCGAACGCGAGAAGGGUAUUUCAACAUGCCAAUGUGCUCAUCGUUUGGAAUGAGUGCCAGCAGACGUAUCGUCCGGGGAGCGUGUUGUGGGACGCGGUAUUCAAGCUGCCGGUGCCUACGUCAGGAGUGGUGUUGAUUAUCGACCCACUGGGCAACGACCUGUACUGCGUGCACGUCAGCCACGAAUCGUCACCGCUGUUCAACCAACGCGACGUCAUUGCAAACCAAGAGGACAGUUAUGUGGACGAAGCCGACGUAUAUACGAGCCGUGUACUUGGUCCGUUGCUGGAUGGCAUGGUGGUCAAUGGCGCUUGGUUAGCCCCACUGGUGCGUCAGACGGCCAUCAACGCUUCUAUCCUUUCACGCUCUUUCCAUCGUUACCAGUACGACAUUGGUGCUGUUUCGUCUUCUCCUGUAGGCGCCGAAGCCAAUCGUAGCAACGUGAUUUUCUCAUUCGUGAAGAAGUACAUGCGCCCGAAGCUUCCUGGUGAAUUCUACGGCGACUUGUUUGCGGAUCUUACCAGCCAAAGCUAA